UCGAUUGCUAACUACGGCUAGUUAUCUAGCUAGUUUAGCAGUACAACCAGCAGCUAAUGAUAACCGUGUUGGUCUUUUUAAAGCAAGGCAGCCAGACAGUAUGUGUUAUUAUAUUACUGGUAAAGAUACCUCUCGUUUAAGCUAACUGGUUUGUUCAUCGCUUUAGUUUUCUAAACACGUUGAUGCUGCCUUGCUGUGUUAGCAUUUAGCCACUUAGCCUCAUGCCGCCCCGCCGUGUAUGUGAUGUUUAGACGUAUUUUGUCAACCGUUACUACAAUUAUUUUAUCUCGAGUAUGAUCUUGAUUCACAGCUGGUAACAAGACUAUUGGACACAUUUGUAGAAUCCUGUCACAAGUAGUAUUAUUUUCUAGUGUCUGAUGGCAUACAUGUACAAAAAAUAUCUUCUCCAAUAACUUAUAACACUGGAACACUAAAGGAUCCUGGAUACUGUUUGUGGUAAUAAACCAGAUUAACCUAGUUGUGCUGCCAGCCUGGCUGACUGUCCACCUCCUGCAGUUUACUAACAGUGAUUUGUUUUGAGCCAAAUCCAAUUAAGGCAAAACCUUUUCCACAGAGUACAUGUCACAGGCAAAACAUGCUGAGGCGAGGGAACUGAUGUACAAUGGUGCUCUACUCUUCUUCAGCUAUAACCAGCAAAACAGCGCAGCAGAUCUCUCCAUGCUUGUGUUAGAGGUGUUGGAGAAAUCUGACACAAAAGUUGAAGAUGAAAUAUUAGAAAGCCUGGCUAAGCUGUUCAGCCUGAUGGACCAGAACUCACCGGAGAGAGUAGCGUUUGUGUCCAGAGCCUUGAAAUGGUCCACAGGAGGUUCCGGCAAGUUGGGCCACCCCAAACUACACCAGCUGCUAGCUGUCACCUUGUGGAAAGAGCAAAACUACAGUGAAUCUCGUUACCACUUCCUGCAUUCAUCUGACGGGGAGGGCUGCGCACAGAUGCUGGUGGAGUAUUCGGCAUCACGAGGCUUCCGCAGUGAGGUCGACAUGUUUGUGGCGCAAGCUGUCCUACAGUUCCUCUGCUUAAAGAACAAAAACAGUGCUUCUGUGGUGUUCAGCACAUACACAGAGAAACAUCCGUCCAUAGAGAAGGGCCCUCCCUUCGUCCAGCCUCUACUAAACUUUAUCUGGUUUCUGCUGCUGGCAGUGGACGGGGGUAAAUUAACAGUUUUCACAGUGUUAUGUGAGCAAUAUCAACCUUCCCUGAAGAGGGACCCCAUGUAUAUUGAGUAUCUCGACAGAAUAGGACAGCUUUUCUUUGGUGUUCCACCCAAACAAUCGCCAUCAUAUGGUGGACUGCUAGGAAACCUGCUGAACAGCCUGAUGGGGUCAGGCGAGGAGGAUGACGGGGCUGAAGAAGCCCAGGAGGACAGCAGCCCCAUAGAGUUGGACUGAAGCUGCAACCCAGGAUAAGGAGAGCAAACGAACCCAAAAAAGAAAGCCACCCGACCGCCCUUCAUCCCAUCGACAACAGGGAUGGGCCGAAGUUGUGCUCUGUGUUUUCAGAGGUGCACUGUUUUCAAGAAACCCCAUUUCACCCAUCGAGUCUAAAAUCAGAGCCAAAACGUCCCUGUCAGCAUUGUCUGGACUGACUGCGCCAAACUGCAAAACUCUUCACAGAUUGAAUUCUAUUAUUUUAUUUUCAUCAUUGUUUAUGAUGUUUAAGUGACAGGUAACUAAACUGUCUGCUCCCAGGAGACGGGAAUGUCUCCCAGGGGAGAGGAGCACAUGACAGCCUUUUUGUAAUGAUGUUGAUGACAUCAUUAUAAUAGGGUUUAGCCAACUCACUACAGUUAUCCAGCUGUGUUGUCACACAGCUACACAAUCACAACACUUGUGUUGCUGCUGUUUGCAUUUUUCAACAGCUUGUUUGAAAAUGACUUCUAAGUUAAAUUGUACUUGUAGCUAAGGUCAUCUUUCCAUUUUUUUAUCUCUAGUUUGUCCAUUAGCUUUAUGGACAAAAGACAUCAGAACUCUGCAGAAGUUAUCUGAAGUCAUCUUGCACCUUGAACAUCAACCAAACACACCUUUCCUGCUCGGUGUCUCCUCUAUGGAUCAAAGUGGUGGCUGACAGUUUUCUAUUCAAACGCGUUAUUGCAAACAUUCAGCUGUCUAUAUCCACAUAGCUCAAGUGUAGAGGUCCCACUUUUUGCCGUGCACUUGCUGAAUGAGAGGAUCAAAAUGAGACACUGUGAAAAGCCGUCUGUUGGAACAAGUCCUGCUUUGCAUGUUACAAAAUGUUACUUGCUUAGUCUAUUGUCCCCUUUUCUGUUCUCCUUUUUAUUACUGUUCAACAGUUCCCGUCAGAGGUGGAUCUGUAGUUUCUCAUCAGUUCAGCCUGUGCACAAUAAAAAGUGUGAUUCAUAGCUGCUGCUUAUCACUGUUUUUCACACACACAGUUUGUUUCUAUUGACAGCUUUUCUUUGCUCACAUCAUU